AUGGAAGCUGCGUCAUUAGUACUAGCUGUUGCAGGGACAUUGGAGCUUUGUGUCAACUUGGGCACACAACUUGUCGACUUAUGCCGGGAAAUACGGAACCUCAGCAAGGAUAUUGAUAAAAUGGCAAUUAUCAUCGAGGGUAUUUGGCUCAAAACAGAGGUUCAGGUCGGUGUAUUGAAGCGCAUAUGGGGCUCUGCUUCUUCGUUACAUCCUUCCUUACAAGCUCAUUACGCGGAAGCCAUACAAAGCCUUUAUAAGAAGAUUCUUGGCGCUCUUAAAGUACUCGAAAAGAGUAAUAACCAGCAACUUUCCGCCUCCAAUCCUCUCAAAAGAGCGAGAGUGCUGUAUCUAGUCAGAACCCUCAAGUGGGUUGUGGCGGAUCUAGAAAAAUGGCAGCGAAAGUUUGACCCAUCAUGGUACUUGAUCACACUUCUUUCCGCCUCGACUGUCGAUGAAAAACUUCGGGAUGGAGGCGAUAACCCUUCAUCGACAAGACUCAUCCAAAUCAGAAACGCUAUCCGUGACGUUUCCGAACAGAGAAACGAGUUCAUCGACUCAAUUUUCAAGUCCAAAGACUCUGUGGAGAAGGACCGCACCAUAAUACCAGGCACGAAUACGUGUAUCUCAAAUUAUAACGCAAGCCAAGUCCUGUUAGACCGAACAAACUAUGGAACAAACGCGAAUUUCCAGACAAUUAAAAACAAUGUUCGAGAUCUAGCACGCAUGUUAAUGCAUGUCGACCCAGCUUCAUUUGGUCUUCUCAAAUGCGUGGGGGCAGUUGAAGUGCAAUCUUAUGAUUCCACACAGGACUCUCAAACCACCCAAUUCGAAUUCAUUUUGGAAAUACCGGACGAGCUAAGAUAUCCAAAGACCCUACGAAGCCUUCUGUUGAGCAAUACAAAUGUAUCUUUGACCAAGCGCAUUCAACUUUCCAAACAGCUUGCAAGAUCAGUUAUGUUUGUCCAUACGACAGGAUUCGUCCACAAGGGUAUUCGCCCAGAAACAGUUCUUAUAUUCAAUGAUGGUGUCGCUGAGGUGGGACCGUCUUUUCUUAUCGGAUUUGAGCGCGUUAGACACGCCCUAGGCCAGACUGAUUUCAUGGGAGAUCUAGAGUGGGAAAAGAAUAUAUAUCGUCACCCAGUGCGCCAGGGGCAAUGGACCGAAGAAGCAUACAUCAUGCAGCAUGACAUUUACAGUUUGGGGGUUUGCCUACUCGAGAUUGGCCUGUGGCAUUCCUUUGUACAGUGGGAGCCAGGUGAGAGCCAUCCACACCCAUGGUCCGAAUUGAACAUACAAGACGCAAUUUUCGACAAGGAUCCGCGCCGUGGUGGAUUUUCCACCAAGGAGGAACUAGUGGCCAUAUCCAAGGAACGGCUUCCAAGCUUAGUCGGAGAUCGCUACACUAAACUGGUUCUUGCUUGCUUGUGCUGUCUUGAUGAAGGCAGUGAGGACAAUGUCUUUGGGGCAUCGGGGAGUAGUGUCAUGGAUAAGGAUGGUAUCGUGGUGGGCGUUCGCUACAUUGAAAAUGUCUUGCUCAAAACCGAAGAAUUGUUGAUCUAG